AUGGCGUUCUGCAGCGCUCUGCACGCAAGCUCGACACUUGUCGAGAUCAAGCUCGCCAAAGUGAAUGGCAUUGAUGGCUUCCUUGGGCGCCGCCUCCCGGCCAGCCUGCGCGAGCUGUACUUCGACCACGAGCUCCACGAAUUUACAGACGACAUCGAUGACACGCCGACCGACGCCAUACUCGCCGACUUGGCGCGCGCUCUGCAGCCCGCACGCCUUGAUCAUCUCAGCUACAACUACUUUGGCGAGCUCGCGGCGCAGUCGUGUCUGACACCGAUGCUGUCGCGCCUCACGUCGCUGGAGCUUGUGGUAGCGCAGCUCGACGACGACCUGGUGCCUGCGUUUGUGGCGGGUCUGCGUAGCGUGGCGCGUUGA